AUGCCCAAAGAUGAUGACGAAGUGGUAAAAUUCCGUGACUAUGAUUACCGAUCAAAUUCAAAUGUGGUCUUAACAACAAAGAGAAAGAAGAGACCACAGAAUGAAGAACCAUCAGGAGAGCCUGAAACAUUGGCCGGAAGAGAAUUACAAAAGAUGGGUUCUCGUGUUGAGUUUACAAAGCCUCCUUCAUCAAAACUUUCAUCAAAAAAGAAAAAGGUGAAAAUAUUAUCAUCAGCAAAGAAAAAGAAAUCAAUAUUAGAUAUUGAUAUUGAUCAAGGACAUUACAAUCCAAAAACAGAUGAAACUAGAGUGGCGUACGAGUUAAUUUUGGGUCAUAUUCAACCAUACCUAGGAGACUUCGAUCAUGAAACUCUGCGCGGAGCAGUCGACGAGAUUCUAACAAUAUUCAAUGAUGAAUCUCUUUCGGAUCGUCAAAAACAAGAAGAGAUCUCCCAAAUCUUAACAUCAAUUCCCGAUGAUGAAUACGCUAAACUUUUUCAACUUUCGAAACGUAUUACAGACUUUUCAGUGAGUGAAAUCAAUGAAGAAGGCGUCGAUAAAUUAGAUGAAGAAGGUAUUGCCAUAGUAUCGUCGGAUGAAGAAGAAGAGGACGAUACCGAGGGUAUUAAAGACCAACUUGUCGACUAUGUCGUUUCCUCGGACGAAGAGGAAGAAGCAUUCGAUGAACAGCCAACUAUUGUUGAAUCAUCUGUCUCUCGAAUGGAAGAUGAAGAAGACAAAAACGCUGUCGAUAUCCAUUCCAUUGAUGCAUACUGGCUUCAGAGAGAAUUGUCCCACUACUACACUGAUUCUAGCGAGGCACAGAAAUUAUCUAAUGACGUCUUUGAAAUAUUGGAAGGAUCAGACGAUGAACAUGAAAUUGAGAAUCAGUUGGUUCAAGUUUUGGAAUAUGACAAAAUUGAUUUGGUGCAAAAACUGAUGAAAAAUCGAUUGAGAAUUGUUUAUUGUAUCAAGCUUCAAAAAGCCUCAAGCGACGAAGAACGACUACGAAUCGAGAAGGAAAUGAUGAACAGUGAAGCUCUGAUCCCCAUUUUGGAAAAGUUGAAAGGAACAAAGCUAGCUUCAGUUGGCUCUAGCAAAAAGGCAUCCACCUCUGCUCGAACAGCCAUGGAAGUUGACACUGAAACUGAAUAUAAAUGGAAAGGAGAACGUGUCAUUAAUUUGGAGAGCUUAGCGUUUGAAGAGGGUAGUCAUUUGAUGAGCAAUAAGGACUUUACCUUACCAAACACCGCCGUCACUGCCCAAUUCAAGGGCUAUGAACAAAUUUCAAUUCCAUAUGCCGCUCCCACCACCAAGAGUGCCAAUAGAGUGGAUAAAUUAAUUGAAAUCAAGUCACUGCCAGAAUGGACCCACCCUGCUUUCCCAAAUAUGGUCACUCUUAACGCAGUUCAAAGCAGAAUUUACAACUCAGCCUUUUAUUCACCAGAAAAUUUGUUAAUUUGUGCUCCCACAGGAGCUGGUAAGACUGUAGUAGCAGUUUUGACAAUGCUCCAUGAAAUUGGACUGCACAUGAGUGAAAGCUUUGAUGCAUUGCAAGACAAGGAUUUCAAAAUGGUAUAUAUUGCUCCUAUGAAAGCUCUCGUACAAGAAGUUGUAGGAAAUUUAACAGAACGAUUAAGCCCAUACGGAAUUACUGUUCAAGAGUUAACAGGUGAUAGAAACAUGACCAAACAGCAAAUUGAUGAAACUCAAAUUAUUGUUACAACACCUGAAAAAUGGGACAUUGUCACAAGAAAAUCUGGAGAUAGAACCUACGUUGAGAAGGUAAAAUUAAUCAUCAUUGACGAGAUUCAUUUACUGCAUGAUGAGAGAGGUCCAGUUUUGGAAUCCAUAGUAGCUCGUACCAUUCGACAACAAGAAGCAACUCGACAAAUGAUUAGAUUGGUUGGUUUGAGCGCUACUCUUCCAAAUUAUAAGGACGUUGCCACAUUCUUGAGAGUCAAGCCGGACAAUUUAUUUUACUUUGAUAGCAGUUUCAGACCUUGUCCUCUUGAUCAACAGUACAUUGGAGUUACAGAAAAGAAGCCAUUCAAAAGACACAAGUUAAUGAACGAGAUUGUGUACAAUAAGGUUGUUGAAAUUGCAGGCAAGCAUCAAAUUAUUGUUUUUGUGCACUCUCGUAAAGAUACCUACAAGACUGCCAAAGCACUGCGAGAUAUGGCCAUUGAGAACGACACGAUUAGCAAAUUUGUCAAGCAAGGAACAGCAACCUAUGAAAUUUUGAAAGAAGCAACGAAAAACGAUGCUCAAGGAGCAGAACUUAAAGAGCUAUUACCAUAUGGCUUUGGUAUUCACCACGCUGGUAUGUCACGAAAUGAUCGUACUCUUGUGGAGGACUUGUUUGAUGAUGAACGUCUCCAGGUGUUGAUAAGUACAGCGACUCUUGCUUGGGGUGUUAACCUUCCUGCUCGACGAGUUAUCAUCAAAGGUACGCAAGUAUACAGUCCAGAGAAGGGAGAUUGGACAGAAUUAAGUGCUUUGGAUGUGAUGCAAAUGAUCGGACGUGCCGGUAGAUAUCCUCGUGACAAUAGAGGUGAAGGUAUAAUUAUUACCACUCAAUCUCAUUUGCAAUACUAUCUCGCUUUAUUGAACCAGCAACUUCCAAUAGAAAGUCAGUUUAUUAAGAGUCUCCCAGAUAAUCUGAACGCUGAAAUUGUUCUAGGCACGAUUCAAAAUAUUGAUGAGGCAGUGGUGUGGCUUGGUUACACAUAUCUUCAUGUAAGAAUGUUACGAAACCCUCUACUUUAUGGAAUUACAAAGGAAGACGCCGAACACGACAAGAGUCUAUUGCAGUGGAGAAGAGACCUGAUUUAUUCUGCUGCUCUUUCCCUAGAGAAGAACGGUCUCAUUAAAUUCGACAAGAGAUCUGGCGAAUUCCAAGCGACUGAUCUUGGUAGAGUGGCAAGUCAUUACUAUGUGACUCACAAAUCCAUUGCCACUUUCAAUAGCAAUUUGAAACCAAAUAUGAGUGAUAUUGAAUUAUUCAGACUUUUCUCUCUCUCUGAUGAAUUUUCUCACAUGACUGUUCGUCAAGAAGAAAAACUAGAGUUGUCCAAGCUCACUCACAGCGUUCCCGUGCCCAUUAAGGAAGCUCCUGAUGAUCCUUCCGCAAAGGUAAACGUUUUAUUGCAGGCCUACGUUUCAAGACUUCACUUAACUGGAUUUGCUCUAGUUGCUGACAUGACUUACAUUACACAAAGUGCUGCUCGUAUUGCACGUGCUCUCUUUGAAAUUGUUCUAAAUAGAGGUUGGGCUCAACUCACUCACAAGGUAUUGAAUCUUGCCAAAAUGAUCGAACAUAGAAUGUGGUACACCCAAACACCGCUUCGACAAUUCCCUAAAAUUGAACAAACUAUUCUCAAACAACUUGAAGGAAAGAAUACACUCUGGGAAAGACUCUAUGAUUAUACACCAGCAGAAUUAGGAAGAUUAGUACACCACACUCAACGAGGAAAAGAUCUUUACAAGUAUAUUCAUCAAUUCCCUCGCUUGGAUCUUACUGCCAGUGUACAACCCAUCACUCCAAGCACUUUGAGAGUUGAUUUAACAAUUUCUCCAGACUUUCAGUACAAUAUGGAUAUUCAUGGUGCAGCUCAAACUUUCUGGAUUAUUGUUGAAGAUGUUGACGGAGAGGUCAUUUUGCAUCGUGAACCAUUUAUUCUCAAGAAAAAGUAUGCAGAGGAUGAUCACUAUGUUAGUUUCACAGUACCACUCUACGAGCCACUUCCACCUCACUAUUUCAUUAAGAUUGUUUCAGAUAGAUGGCUACACUCUGAACAAACAUUACCAAUUUCUUUCAGACAUUUGAUCUUACCUCAAAAGGCUCCUCCAACAACAGAAUUAUUGGAUUUACCACCACUAGAGCUAUCAGCACUUAAAAACGUCGAGUACGAAAAGGUGUUGGGCAAACUUAUCUCAAAAUUCAACCCAAUUCAAACUCAAGUAUUCAGAUCUCUGUACCAAAGUGAUGACAGUGUUCUAAUUGCUGCACCUGGAGGAAGUGGUAAAUCGUUAUGUGCAGUUUUGGCAAUAAUGAAACUAUUUGCUGACGAUGCAUCUGCCAAAUGUAUUUAUAUUGCUCCCAUUGAAUCUGUCGCUACUAAGAAACGGAAAAAGUGGCUUUCUAUAUUUGAACAGCUUGGAAAGACAGUAGUAACCUUGACUGGCCAUUUGGCCAAGGACUUGGUGAGUAUGGAGAAUGGUGACAUCAUUGUUUCCACUCCCGAAGUGUUUGACAUGUUCUCUAGAAAAUGGAAGACAAGAAAGUCCUUAUCUAGUGUUAAACUAGUUGUUGCCGACGAGCUUCACAUGAUUGGAGGUGAGGUUGGACCAAUUCUUGAAGUGGUAAUUUCACGUGUUCGCUACAUGUCAGAACAACUUCAAAGCAAUAUUAGAAUUCUUGGAUUAAGUGCUUCUGUUUUAAAUGCUAAAGACAUUGGCGACUGGAUUGGAGCCAAGAAGGGUAACAUUUUCAACUUCCACCCAAGAUAUAGAACCAUUCCUUUGGAAAUUAAUAUCCAAGGUUUUACUCAAAGCACUUACAAUGCUAUGCAAAUUGCCAUGAUCAGACCAACCUAUAAAGCCAUCAAGCAAAAAUCAGGUGGCAAGCCAACCAUUGUGUUUACCUCCUCCGCUAGACAAGCCACUUUUAUUUGCUCUGAGCUUGUUGUAAGUCUUACCAACGAUACAAAUGAGAAGGAAUUUGUGGGAGAUGCAGCUGCUAUUGAUGCUGUAAUUGAAAAUGUAGAAAGUGCAAAUUUACGUGAAUUUUUACCUUAUGGAAUUGCAUUCUAUCAUGAAACUCUUUCCUCAACAGACAAGUCCAUAGUGGAAAGUCUCUACAAUUCUGGCGCAGUGAAAGUUCUUGUUGUGACAUAUACCAUGUGUUGGGGUAUGGAAUUGAAAUCUAAAUUAUUAAUCAUUAUGGGAACGGAGUAUUACAAUGGAAAAGAGCAUCGAUAUGCUGACUAUUCAAUCAUUGAUAUGGUACAAAUGAUGAGUAGAGCUGGAAGACCUGGAAUUGACAAAGAUUCUACCUGUUACAUUUUCUGUAAAGCUUCGAAGAAGGACUACCUAUUGAAAUUCCUAUAUGAACCUUUCCCUGUUGAGUCACAUUUGGAUCAUUUCCUCUAUGAUCCAAUCAAUGCUGAAGUUGCCGCCAAAGUUAUUGAGAAAAAGCAAUCUGCGGUCGAUUAUUUGACAUGGACCUUCCUCUAUCGAAGAAUUCGAAAGAAUCCAAAUUAUUACAAUUUGAGUGGAACUACCAAACUUCACCUCUCUGAUUACUUGUCUGAACUUGUGGAGACUACAUUGGAAGAAUUACAAAAAUGUAAUUGUAUCCUAGUCGAAGAAGAGGACAUCACUGCCAUGAAUCUGGGUACAAUUACCUCCCAUUACUAUGUGAAACAUUCUACGAUUGAAAUUUAUAGCACUUCCAUCAAUGCCAAGACCAAGCUGAGAGGUCUCUUGGAAGUAUUGAGUUACUCGACAGAAUUUGAACAAUUACCAAUACGACAAAAAGAAAAUCACAUUCUACGAAAACUAGCAGCUCAUGUUCCUCUUAAAAUUGAAAAACCAAGCUAUAAUCAAGUUCCAACCAAAGUGAACAUUAUUCUUCAGUCACACUUUUCGAGAACCAAACUCACACCUGCAAUGGAAAAGGACAAGAAAUCAGUUCUUGUCAACUCAACCAAGCUUUUGCGAGCCAUGGUUGACGUGAUUGGUAAUGAAGGAUUUUUAAGUCCUGCCCUCGCAGCAAUGGAAUUGUCACAAAUGAUUACACAAGCUCUCUGGGAUAAAGAUCCAUAUCUCAUGCAAUUGCCUCAUUUCACGAAGGAUCUUUGUAAGAGAUGUGAAGAAAAGGGAAUUCAUUCGAUUUUCGAUUUAAUUAAUAUGGAAGAUGAUGAGAGAAACCAAUUACUUGGUUUAACAGAUGAACAAAUGGUGGAUGUUGCAAAGAGUCUGAAUAGAUAUCCUAAUAUUGAGUUGGCACAAGAGAUUGUGACACCAGCUGAAGAUAUCAUUGUCAAGUCAACUGUGACUCUUGCCGUUCGAUUUGAUGCUGAUGAAGUUGGAGAUGAACCAGUUUAUGCUCCUUAUUAUCCUGAAGAAAAAUCAGAAGAGUGGUGGAUUGUUAUCGGAGAUCCUAUCAACAAUGAAAUCAAAUCUAUUAAGCGUUUGCCGAUUAAGAAAUCUUGCGAGACCAUGGUGAAAUUCCUUGCUCCAAACAAACCAGGCAAAUACGAAUACAAGUUGUACUUUAUGUGCGACUCGUAUACUGGCUGUGAUCAAGAGUACCCAAUCACUUUUACUGUUUUAGAGGGAGAGGAGAGUGAAGGAGAGAUGAGUGACGAUGAAGAGGCAUAA